UCCAUUAAAGGAAAUCUUUCGCCUGGGAUACAGACCAAAGAAUGGUUUACGAUUAUCAUUUUUGUGUUAAUCCACUGCCUUUCAAAGACGAUUAUCAGAUGUAUGACGUUUAUCGAGCAGACGGCUGUUCAGUGUUUACAAGAUGUCGAGUUAAUCUCCCUUGUGUUGCUGCACUUUAUUCAUACCACAUCGUAUAUUCAACCAUCCAAUUAUUGAGAUGAAGCAAGGAAUUGCUCAACUUGACGAUGAUGAAUUAUUGCCCUACUCUCUCGCGUGAUCUCACUUCAGUACACACACGAGAUUCCGUAGACUUGGAACAUCACCAGUCGUGUAGUCCUACAAAGACGCUGAACAAUGAAGGAAACGGAAUUCAUGUGUAUUUAAAAUGAAACUUAAAAUGUUGCUUUCUUCUGCUGGCUAUGGAUCUUGCUUUUUCCUAAAAACAAAUCGAUAGCAGAAAACGGCGACAAUGUUGGCACAGGACUUCGCGGGGAUAUUUUUCAUUGUUUUGUUUGGUGGAUUAUUCAUCUUCAUCUGCACUAUCUCCGCCAUUAAAGCUGUCAGAGAUCGCAGAAAAAUCAAGAAAUUCAUAAAGGCGAAGGAGGAAGCAACGAAAGCCAUAAGACUCCAGCGACAAGCCUAUAUUAACAUGGGCCAGAUUGAAGAAACACCAAAGCAUGUCAAUUUCCUCACUGCCACAGGGAACACUGUGUCUUCAAACUACAAAGCCACACAUGUGAAUGGCGAUUCAGUAGACAAAAAUGGUGGGCCCUCAAACGCUGUUCAAACGAAGAUUAGCCAAACUUCGUCAAAAUACGGAAGUACACCAGACUCCAUUCCUCAUACUCUUGGAAAUUCACCAAGAAACUCUGUCCUCUCCACAGACACUUCGUUAUGUCAUUUUGCCUCCAUGGAAAGUCUUACUGAUGACGUCAUGAAUUCUAUCAAUGGACGUUAUGGUCCUCCUAAAGACAAGUGUUCGAGUUCAGACAAUCCCAAUUUGCAGCAUUCUCGUCCACAAAGUAGUUAUAGUACAAGCAGUGCCAAUUUAACUUUACCGGAAGAUCGCGUCACAGCUACGAAAACAUUACGUCGCUAUUCCUACCAAGUGGCAUGCGCAGAGUCCAGCAUUGAUAGAAAGCCGCCACAGUUUGCAAAGUCAGCAGCCAUUAUAAAAACGUACAGAAGUAACAAUGUUGCGUUUGAAAAUGUUGCCUUUAAUUGUGAUAGAAAUUCAUGACAUUGUGAUUAUGUUUUUUUUACCAUGUAUUGUGAAUUGUGAAUGCACCAGCACUAACUCUCCGAGAUGAAAAAAUGUAAAAAGCCUAAAGGGCUUAUUCAUAAUCUCAUCUCUUAACACUGCAGGAGCCGUUACACAAUGUUUACUAACACUUUACUAACACUACUUCUAAUCCAUUUAGGAGAUUACAAUAGUUCAACACAAGUUAGAGAACAACAGCACUGCCAAAUAUGGUUACUUCUCAGUAGAGCUUUCAUGGCUCAUGCAAGAUUCCUAUCAAUAUUUUUAACCAUGCAUAUUUUUCAAAACACUGCCAUGAAGAUUAUUAUAAACCAGUUUUUCUCUCCUCCACUUGCCAUAAUGCAUGUUUAGCAUACAUUUCUGUAUAAAAAUAAUGACACAUUUUUAUAUCAUAUUAAUAUAUAUUAAACUUAAAAAUUUUA